UUCGGGCCGUGCCGGGAUCGCCCCGGGCUGGAGCGGGGCCGGGGCAGCGCCGUGUGCGGGGCCGGGAUCGCCCCGGGCUGGAGCGGGGCCCGGCGUGGGGCCGGACAGGGCAAGAACUGCAUCACAACUUUUCCUGCUGAACCCUGACCAGUGUCAAUGAUGGCAAGACUCCUAAGCGCUGCACCAUAUACCCUUUGGAUCUUUUUCUUUUCAUAUGCAACAAAUGAAGUUAUGACUGCAGGACACAUACAGGAAUUUGCAUGCUUCACCGACUUUGACAAAGAGCUGGUUUGUCACUGGAAGGUGCCAGCACAAACUAACUGUUCCAAAGAAUUCCUGCUCUGCUACAGCAAGGACAUUUCUUCUGUGUCAAACGUGUGUGUUCCUGAGAAUGGAAAAGACACUUUAAGGUGCAUUUGCACAAUAUGUCCUGAUUAUUUUGUAUCAGGCCUCACAUAUAUUUUAACUCUACAGUUCAAUGGGACUAAUAUAUGGAACUACAGUGUUACACCAGCCCUUGUUGUUAAGCCGAGGGCCCCCAAAAAUCUUGCCAUUGAGAAGGCUGAAAAUGGUAAUUUCAAUCUGAGCUGGGAGGAGAGCUACUCUCCUCCAUCCACGCUCUCUGGACAGCCAGUCAUCUAUGAACUGAAAUACUGGAGGAAGCAGCACCCGAUGGAGGUUUCUGUAAAAGCAAUUAACUACCAGGCAAAAAGCUUUGAGAUUACUGCAAGCUCCCUGAGGAGGGGCUAUGACUACGUUGCAAGUCUCAGGUGUAACUACACAGACUACCCAGCCUACUGGAGUGAAUGGAGUGAAGAAGUUGAAUUUCACUAUGAUUAUCAAGUAACAGCUGAAGACAUUCUGCAGAUGGCUGUGCCCAUAUCCUGCAUACUGAUCAUGGCAGGAUCUGUCAUUUGCUACUUCUGUUUUACAAAAGUGAAGAAAGAAUGGUGGGAUGAAAUCCCAAAUCCAGCAAAGAGCCAUUUGGUUGUAAAAAAUGUCAAGUUUUCAGUUUUCUGCUACUUCGAUGAAAUUAAGUUCCCUUUCCAUGAGUUAAAGCAGAGUCAUAUGGAAAAGCAAAUAAGUUGCAAGAACUGUCUGGCUCAAAGUUUGUCAAGCCAAAACUUCAAGGGAAAAGAUAACAUCAGAAAUGUUGAGAAAUCUUGCAGCUGCCACAGCAAGUGUGGAGAGUGGUUACCAAAAGGCAGCAGUGCAGUUUUAACCCCUGAUACAACUCCAUUUGAAGACAUUAUUGAAAUCUGUGAAUGUUUAACAGACAGUGAGACUGGGAGCCAGGAAGAGACUGGCAAUCAGAUCACCAUGUUUGAGCCUUGUGAGAGCAGCAUCGGUGCUUUCAGAGAGCACAAUGAAGCACUAGCUAACAUGUUUGAUGCACUCCUGGCAGAUGAAAAUAACAUGCAAGACAAUAAAGACCCAGACAUCCUCACAGGUGAGGGGAAAACCUUCAAGAAACUUGAGCUGGAAAAUCCACCACAGCGAAAUCCAAAAGAAAGCACAGCCCAGAGUCAGCGGCCAUGGGAUGUUUCUCAUACAGCCUCUCUUUUCACCAAAGCCUCUCAAGAUGACUACAAUUGUAGUACAUCCAGCAAGGAGUCAGAACUGUCAGAAGAAUCCUUUGAAUCUGGCUAUCAGAGCUCCAGCAUAAAUUCUGCUUCUCUGGAUGCAAGAGAUCUUCAACAAAUGGUUCAUCAAAACCUUUUUCUACACAGUUCAGAAAGUGAGCGGGACUCUUGUGUCCUGAUCCAGGAAUCUACAAAUAAACCAUUCUUUGGGACCAAAACAGACAGAAUAAACAACCCUGCAAACAAGAGUUUUGAUACCCUUGUGUCUGCACCUGUGAGGUUGUGUGGUUCUGCAUAUAAGAGCUUUGACUCCCUUAUGUCUCCAUCUGUGGAGCCCUGUGGCUCUGCCUACAGGAGCUUCAAUACCCUCAUGUCCCAGUCCAUGGCCAACAGUAGCCUGACUUUGUGCUUUGAAAGUGCAUGUUCCUCACAGCCUCCAAGACAAUUGUCAGAGACACCAGAACGCAGCUGUAGAGAUCAAAUUGCUCAGGCCGCUGGCAGUGGGACAUGUCAUGUCAGCUACAGAUCUCCCUACACUGAGCUUGACUUUCCAAACACCUGUUCAGAGCGUACUGAUUUUCCAUCUUUCUCCACACAUGCAAAUGAAGGUGCUUCAGCUUUCCUAUCAGAGGAAGAAAUACAUAAGCAAGUAAUAUAUCAAAAUUUUCCAAAGAAAACCAAUAUAAUAUCUUGCCCUAUUGCACCUCAGCCAUCAGGUUAUCAGCCUUCUGAUAGUGCAGGUAGAUGUAAUGGUCCAUACUGUGACAAUGAGAUUAUCUCGUUACAGGAAUCCUUCAUUGGUCCGUGCAGCAAUAUCAAAGAAGCACCUCCAGAUAUUGCAAUCUGUGAACUUGACCUGAGGACAAAGGACUGUGUGUGUUUGACUGUUCAGAGUCCUGGUUGCAGCGUUGUCCCAGGUUUAGCCUCUAGUGAGAACGACACACAGACCAGUAAAGGCAGCCCUUGGAUUGAUAGCUCUAAUGAGCAGUCUGGUGAUAGCAACGACGAAAAUAUCAGCAGAGAGGAACAGCUGUUGCAUUUGUUAGAGCUGAACUGUCAAGAUUUAAACAGCAGAGAAAGAACUACACAGGGAACAAAACAGAACAGCUUUAACCCUACUGGCAAAGUAAUGCAAGAGAGCGGCAAUAACAAACUGAAUACUGACUGCCACUGCCACCCACACAACCACUUGAGGGAACUUGGAGAUGCAGGGGGAAGUGAAGAGAUGCUGAAGCAUGUAGAAGGGAAGGGGAGUGGCUCAGCAGCUGGCUUCCCAGCAUCACUGGACAGCAUUAGGCUAAACUUAGGCAGAAAAACUGCAGGGCCCCUGGAGCUCCACAUCUCAGACAAGCUGUCGCUUCAUUGUCUUGUGAAUAACUCCAGUCCUUCUGAUUCUCACACCAUUCACAGUGAGGACUCCAGACUGGCACUUGCAGUUAAAAAAAGACCAAUAGAACUGUUAAGGGAAAACAGCAGGAAGAAUGAGAAAAAAAUGAAAUUUGCGCAAGCCCUUGCCCAAGAGGACAACUGCUAUAUGGAGGUAGCUUAGCCACAUUUGCCAAAACUGAGUGAGCCUUUGGAAAUAAACUGUAUGGCAAAUUGAAAUGUUGCUUGUUAUUUCAAUCUUGACUGAAAUGAGGGCUGCUACAGGUCACACGUCUUUCAGGGGGGUGUAGCACUAGUGUCUGCCUGGGACUGGCAGCCAGGAGGUGGUGCAGGCCCCUGGGGACAGCUGGGGGUGGCACCCAUCAGCUCUCCUGGGGUGAAGCCAGAGCUGAAGUGUCUCCAGCUGUGAGUGAUCUCUAAAAGGGAGCAACAGCUGCAGGAAGCAGAAGUUCUUAGUACAGUUCCUGUGGUUAUUGCCCUGGCUGUGUGUUGCUUGGGAAGCACACAAUGUGGAAGGUGCUGACACACAUAGAAGUGGGACAUAGAUGCAGGUCAAAGGGGAGGUGACUGACUUAGCACACAGCUUCCAUAACUUAUUUCUUUUGGGGUAGGGGGUGUUGUCCUGUGUGCCUAGCCCUAGCACAAGGUGUAUGUUUCCAUACCCACUCAAUCAAGACAUGAAAUACAGAUUACUGUCAUUUGGGCUUACACAGUGCUAUUAUUGGUCAUUAGUUUCUUACUCUGUAAAAGCAAGGAGAAUUACUUCAUACUUCUGCAUCUGUAAAUGGCAUCAGACAUUUCUAAGCAGUGUUUACCCAGAAAGCUUAUCUAAUGUGUGGUCCAACACCGUACCUUCAUGGAACAUUUUUUUGGCUUCUUGUUCUUGUCCAGUUGGAAUGGGAAUUAUGCACGCAGCUUAAAGGCUGUAUAUACUUCUUGUUAGAUAAUUAUUCAAGAAAUUUUACUGACAAUUCCAAACUUCUCUACAGUGUUAUCAUAUAUUUUGAUAUGGUAAAUUCCACCCUAAUAUGCUGGCAGUGGUAAAAAAAGUUAAGAACCAUCAAGUAGUAUUUUGUGUAUUAGAAUGCAUACAUGUAUUCUCAUUUAGAAAACCCUAUUUGUAUUACCAUUCGAAAGGAAGGAAACCAUAAUGCUAAGCACAGCAACUGGUUUUAACAUAUUUUGUAAGUAAAAUUUUUGUACUGCAAAUCUCUCUUCCGAGUUGGCCAAGUAGUAGAGGUAACUUUGUCAAUUUUAUGACACUGAAAAAAGGGUAUGUAAGCCCAGGAAGGAGAUUUGCAGCGUAUCUGUAUUUAGAUGGGAUAGUUAAUAUUUGUGCAGGCACUGGGUUGUAGCUCACUUUCACUGUGGUGGUGGUUAGUGGAAGAUCUUGCUUGUAGCUAAAGUGUUGAUGAACAUGUUAUUUAUUUGUUUUAACCAAAAAUGUCAGAUUAAAUUUUAUUUUCACUCA